AUGGAUCAGUUAUUGUUGGCCAACAGUCCAUACCAUGCACCAGUGCUCAAUAUUAGCAAUAAGGACCAUGCUGAUAAAAUCAAAGAGUUGACGAAAAACUUUUUGCACACAAAACAAAAUCUAUUGAAUGUAUCGAAAGUUUUCAGCGAAGAGAUCCGAUCGGGUCUGGCCAGUGAUCCGCCGAUUAAAUCGAGUCUAAUAAUGGCCAACACUUUUGUUACCCAAUGGCCCGACGGUAGCGAACGMGGCGAUUAUAUAUCGUUGGAUUUGGGAUCGACAAACUUUCGGGUAGUAUUGUCCAGGUUUGGYGUCGGCGGUAACGGUGACGGUGGUAGUGAUGGUGACGGUGGUGAUGGUGGACAGGGAGACAAAAAUGAGUUCAAAGUUAAACACUAUACGGUUCCUACUGAGUAUCGUAGGGGACAGUCUAGUCAUUUAUUUAACUUUUUUGCCGACUGUAUUGCCGAUUUUGUGGCCACUUAUCUGCCCACCAAUCGGGGGAUCGCCAAUUCCAAACCGAUUCCGUUGGGAUUUACAUUUUCGUUUCCGAUGAUCCAACAGUCUAUACGGUCGGCACUAUUGGAAACCUGGACCAAGGAUUUUGAUUGCCCGGACGCUGUUGGCCAGGAUGCUGCCCAACUACUACAGCAGGCUAUCGAUCGGCACCCGUCGGGUGCUUUGAACGUCCGAUUGGUUGCCAUAUUGAACGACGCUACCGGUACACUGGUACAGGGUAUGCACUUGGAUCCCAUGGCAGCUGUCGGCCUGAUUUUAGGUACCGGUAGUAAUGCUUGUUAUGUGGAAAAAAUCCAAAACGUCAAGUACUGGAAGGACAGGGAUCAGUGGCUGAAUAGUGGUCAGCGGGAGGUUAUCAUUGAUAUGGAAUGUGGAGGUUUCGGCGAUAACGGUGUCAUCGAUUGGGCUAAAACACCGUACGACCUAUCCUUGGACAGGGAGUCCUUGUUUCCCAAUUCCUAUACAUUCGAGAAGCUAUUUGGCGGCAAAUUUCUGGGCGAUAUCUGUCGCCGAGUACUUGUCGAUCUGGCCACCAGAGGAUUGGCGUUCGGCGGUAAAGUUACAGAUGAAUUGCUGACAACCGAACAGUUUCGGUCAUCCGAUGUAACUGAUGUCGAAAGUGGUGCCGAUGACCAGACCUACGAGUCAAUCGGCAAACUGCUUGGCUAUGACCACCUUUCAGUGGACGACCGCGAAAUCAUACGCUAUGUAUGCGCUAUUGUCAGUGUACGCGGCGCCGGUAUGCUAGCAGCCAUACUAUCCAAUCUUAUCCAACGUAUCGACGAUCGACCCGUAGUGACCAUUGCUAUCGACGGCUCAGUUUAUAAAUAUCAUCCAAAGUUUCAUACGUUGAUUACCGAUUUUAUUGGCCAACUAUUGCCCGAUGACUGCCCGAAACGAUUUAAGCUGAUACUGGCCGAGGAUGGAUCGGGUAAGGGAGCGGGACUGGUAGCUGCUAUAGCACAGAGACUUAAUAAUUAA